AUGGUUCAAAUGGCAGGCGACGAGGUCAUGACGGAGCUGCCUCCGAGAAGUAGCGAGGGUAACUCCCGUUCACGUCAUCGUUCUUCUGCCAGUCGACUUAGUGUACUGCCGGUUUUGCAAUUCUGGAAGGCGUUUGAUCUUGACAGUAAGCGCGUACUACUCGACUCACAAGGCAAUACAAUGAAGAGCGAAAAAGACGCGAGUGUUCGAUCUCGCAAGAAGCUGGCAGAGAGCACCAAGCAAUUUCGACGUCUGACAGCUGAUGCAGAUAAAGCGGCGGGUGCAGGGCCGCUGCUUAAAACCUACCAGGAGGAAAUUGACCAUUUGACACGUCGCGCCAAGUUCUCAGAGAACGCUUUUUUUCAACUUUACAAGGGACUUUAUGCUGCUCCUGAUCCAGUACCAGCAUUAAGUAUAGUUGCUUCGAGUUUGGAAAUUGACGAAUUGGUUGAUGAAAACACGAAAUUGAAGCGCAAGCUGAAAGAAUAUAAGGCCGAGUUUACGUCGCUCAAGAAUCAAGAAAUUACUAUUAGAAAAUUAGAAGAGCAGGUUGCUGCCACUGAAAGAAACCACGAAGAUUUUUUGUAUCAGCAGGUGGAGCAACGUACCAAAGAAUUGGUAGAUCAGCUGGAUAAUGCACAACUUGAGUGGGCACAACAGCGUCGAGAUUACGAACGUCAGCUAGAAGCAUCUCGUACUGAAUUACGUGAUGCAUUUGCCAAGAUGGAUGCUAUGCAGUCAAAUUUGUUUGCACUCAAACAACGCUCAGGCUUAGCUCGUAAUGCUCUUGACGCAGAAAUGGAAGCGAUGUCGCAGACGCUGCAAUUAGAAAAUGCACAACUUAGAAAGCAGGUCGAAGAACUGCAUAGGUCUUCAGUGUUGUCUGACGUUAUUGUCACUCAAUUGUCAAUUCAUUCAAAUACUGAUCCAGAGACAGGCGUGCAGUCAGCGCGUGAAUUGCAAGCAAAGCAAGAACAAGUCGAGGCUGCAUUGCGUCAAGAGAUAAUACGUUUAAAUGAAACACUUACUACAUCAAGUGCAGCUGCUACAGUAGAAGCGGAACAACUGAAGGCUGCGCUAGAAAGUGCAGAACAAGCACAGAAAGAUCUCGAAGCCCAGCUGGCAUUACGACCAACUUGUGAGAAAUUCAAUGAGAUGUCCCGACAAUUGCGAAUUCUAAAACAGUUGGAAUACAAUGUUGUGGAGGAAGUGGAUGUAAGUUCUAAGGCAGGUGAAAAUACUGAAGCUGUGGAUCGUUUUGACGAAGCAACAGUUGAGGUAGAACAAAUUUUAAUGUCUCGAGUGCGUCGUUUAGAGCACGCUCUUCAAGAGUGCGAACGGAGGGUGCAUUCUCGCACGAUACAAGUGCAAAGUAUUCAAAGCGAGCUUCACGAUCGUGAUGUCCGAAUUCAAGAGCAGGCGAAUCUUAUACGCGACUUGGAAGAGAGUGUUGCAACAUUAGAGAAGACUCAACAGAAACGCACAUUAGGUGUAAUUGGUGGUGAUGUUGGCUCGGAGAUCCUUAUGGAUGCCAUGGAAGAUCAAUUUACUGGGCCUUUAGUCACUGCACGUAAUCAUGGGGCUGUAGCAGAUACUACGGCUAUAUCAACUUCGUCGUCAGAUGGGAAAAUGUUAGAGAUUGUCCGUGGUCAGCGUGAUCGAUUUCGCGAGCGUAUCAAAGAAUUGCAAAACGAGAAAAAUCGAGUAGAACAGCUUGCACAGUCAUAUAAAAGCACAGUCGUGCGACUUGAGACGGAUAAUAUGCAAUUAUACCACAAGAUUCGCUACUUGCAGAGUUAUAAAGAAGGCAACAAGUCAGUAGGACCUCGUAUCAAGCCGCAUUUGGUGCUUGAAGAAGGAAAUGGAAGUGCGUACGACGUUGAAGCGCGUUACCGUGGCAUGUACGAAGAAAAGAUGAAUCCAUUUGUUCAAUUCAAUAAGAUGGAGACACAGCAGCGCUUUACACAUCUCAAUCCGGUGGAUAAAAUUUUGUUAACGAGCGCCAGACUGUUAUUAGGCCAUCGUAUUACUCGCAACAUGGCGUUUGGAUACAUUUUGUUACUACAUUUUCUCGUGGUCGCCACGUUAUAUUCGUUUAUGCACGUGUGCGGAAUCACUAAUGACUAA